AUGGCCGAUGUAGCUGCAAGAGCGGACACACCUCCCCGCCCUACCCACAUCGUCCUCCGCCGUCGCCCCGCCGAGGGGCCAGAAAGCGAGGCUGAUAGAGACUUGGGUGUGAUCAUGCUGGCCUUGGAGGAACGGAACGAAGCGUGCAAAAACAUUGAAGUAGUCUUACAGAUCGAUCGAACCAACAUUGCCCUCAUUUCGCAGCUUCCAGCAGAAAUCAUUUGCGAGAUAUUUCAGUGCCUUAAGGCAACGCUUGAAGCCUAUGGAUCUCUCACGGCGUGGACGACGGUCACCCACGUCUGUCGCCAGUGGCGCGAAAUCGCCCUGGACUGUCCAGCGCUUUGGGCAACGCUAACCGAUGCCAUUCCCCCACGCUGGCUGGAGGCUAUGCUUAUCAGGUCCAAAACUGCCCCGCUGUCCAUUACAUUCAACCACAACCCCGUGACAAAACCAACGCCCGCGGUAUCGGUGCUCGCAGAAGCAUUGUGCGAGACGGACCGCCUGCGAGAGGUUUCAGUCUCUGGAGGAGGACUUUCCAAGCUUCUUUUGCCGUUGAAGAAUCCAACUCCGCUCCUGGAGAGUGUACUCAUCCGAGUUACUCCACCGUCUAGGAUACCGCAAGAGACUAGCCCACUGCCCGAAGGAUUCAUCCAGCGGGUUUCUCCUCGACUUACACAUGUGGAUUUGUACGGUUGGAGCCCGUCCUUCGACUCCCCUGUGUUUUCCAGCCUAACUCGACUUCGGAUUGAUGUCGGGCCGGAUAUCAACUACUACUUCAACACCACCCCGAAAGGUCUCGUCCCAGAAGGCGACAUCUUCCGGGCAAUCUCCAGAAUGCCUGGACUGGUGGAGUUGUCAUUGGCACUACCUUCCCCCGUCAUCAAACAAUCACCUUCCAGGGCACGAAUCGAGCCCAUUCGACUGGCCCACCUUAAAGCUUUGUCGAUCAAGACUACCUGCGAGAGCUGCGCGCAACGAGGAAUCGAUUAA